AAGCUCAUAUCUUUCUUUCUAAUUGACUGCUCUGAACGCCUUCCAAGCCUGCUAAAUUACACCUGCUUCCGUGACUCCAUGCCCUUGUUCUGAGUGCCAUAUCUUUCAACAGGGCUAUGAUAAACAGGCUUACGUUCAAGCUAAUAGCGCCAUUUUGGCUCGCUGUUGUCUUUUGGAGGAAGGAGAGGCCUGUCGGGACGUACUGUAGUAAGGUGGUGGAACGGUCACUAUACUUGUAACGGCCCCAGCUACUUGACUGUGAGCCGUACUGGCCUGCACUGAGUCCAGUACAGUGCUUCAAAUGCUGGAGAUGGGGCUAUACGCAACACCACUGUAGAUCGACAGCGCUGUGCUCCCGGUGUGGGACGAAGGCCCAUGGGGAGGGCGGCAGGGAUGGAGAGUCCCAAUGCCCAACUCACAACAGCGAGAUCCCGCUCCGGUGUCCGGUUUGCGGAGGGAGGCACCCGGCCUGGUCGAAAGAAUGCUCUGUAAAGUCAAAGGUCCUGGCAAAGGCCAAGGAGGCCUACCAGUUCCGACCGCGGACCUACGAAGCAGUCUCAACUAUACACCCCAACACAGGUACCACCACCGCUACUCUCGCCCCACUCAACUUCGAUUUUACGAAUAGAGAAGAUAACGACGACGGCUACCAAGUGGUCAGUAGGAAGAGGCUAAGGGGG